AUGCCGCCAACGCUCGCUCGUUCGGUGCUCUCGAGCGUGCCCCGGAGCCGCACUCUAGCCGCCAGAACGCUGCGUGCGUCGACGACGACGGCAUCAGCGUCGGUGUCGGCUGCUAGGUCACGCGCACAGUCGAGCUGGGCAGCCGCGAUUGACCAGGCCAAGAACCUGGUGCAGGACCAGCUCGGCCAGUUCCCCGCCUCGUCAUCCGCCUCGCACCCAACAGCGUCAUCGUCUUCGUCGUCAGGCUCGACAUCAGCAGCUGCAUUCUUUGGCGCAGCGCCAUCUGCUUCAUCCUCGUCGAGCGCGUCCAAGCCUGCAUCGACGCCGAUCAUCAACGACCCGCUGUCGCUUGUGUCGUCGGAGCUGUCGUCGCUGCGGUCGAACGUGUCGUCGCUGUUGGGCUCGGGCCAUCCGAGCCUGGACACGAUAGCCAAGUACUACUUCCAGGCGGAGGGCAAGCACGUGCGUCCGCUCAUUGUGCUGCUCAUGAGCAAGGCGGUCAACGGACUCUCGCCGCUGUAUCCGGAGCUGCUGGCGCAGGCACAGGCGUCGUCGGCGCGCACCGAUACGGGCAAGUCGAUCGAGCGCGAGAUGGGCAUCAACGAGCCGCUGUCGCCGGGCAGCGUGCUGAACGACUUCAACCCGCACAUGGAAAGCAUCGAGGGCUCGCUUCCGUCGUCCGAGGCGCAGGAUGGUGGGGCGGCGGCGGAGGCGCUCGCGUCGGCGUCGGGAGCCAUCUUGCCCACGCAGCGUCGACUGGCGGAGAUCACCGAGAUGAUCCACGUGGCGUCGCUGCUGCACGACGACGUGAUCGACGCCUCGCCGCUGCGUCGCGGUGCGCCCUCGGCACCCUCGGCGUUCGGCAACAAGCUCAGCAUCCUCGGCGGCGAUUUCCUGCUCGGGCGCGCAUCGGUGGCGCUGGCGAGGCUACGCGAUGCCGAGGUGGUCGAACUGCUCGCGACGGUGAUUGCCAACCUGGUCGAGGGCGAGGUGAUGCAGCUCAAGUCGCAGGCGGCCGAGGCGGGCGAUGCGACCAAGGGCUCGCAUGCGCACGUGUGGGAUACCGAGGGCGUCUUGGCGUACAACAUGGGUCUCUCCCCCGACCAAGCGCAGGGUUCAGCGGCAGGGAAAGCGGAGAACCAGCCGACGCCAGCGCACUUUUCGCUGUACCUGCAAAAGACGUAUCUCAAGACGGCGGCGCUGAUUGCCAAAUCCACACGUGCCUCGGUCAUCCUUGCCGGCUGCGGGGGCGAUGCGAUCCACAAGGCCGGCGCGGAUAGCAAGACGGCGCACGAGAUGAGGCAGAUUCGCGACGCAGCGUACGGAUACGGCCGCAAUCUGGGGAUCGCCUUCCAGCUCGUGGAUGAUCUUUUGGACUUCCAGUCGACCUCGGCUGCGUUUGGCAAGCCUUCGGGUGGAGCGGAUCUGCGGCUGGGAUUGGCAACUGCCCCCGUGCUGUAUGCAUGGCAGGAGCUACCUGGUGAGGGUAUCCACGAGCUUGUGGGAAGGAGGUUCGAGGGCGAAGGGGAUGUGGAAAAGAUGCUCCGACUUGUGGAGAGGAGUCGCGGCAUCCAGAGGACUGCCGAGCUGGCCAAGGAGCAUGCAAGGAGGGCCAAUGAGCAUCUCGAGGUGCUGCCGGACUCGGAUGCCAAGCAGGCGCUCAUCAGGCUCAACGAUCAGGUCAUCAAACGUGUCAAGUAG